AUGGUUAUAACAAUUAUUUGCUGUAUUUCUAACAGUUUUAUCGAUCCUUUUGAUGGACAAUCUAAAAUAGUGGUCAAAGAUGGUCACAUAUUCUUUGAAACUGCCAAUAAUAAGGAUAUUAACUUCAAGACAGGUGUCGGCGGUAAAGUGAUGAUCGAUGGACAAGACUUGUCCCGAAUAGCCGAGUUGGCCAAAGACACUAAUCUGGAGGGUUUAAGUAACAGUAAAGUUAGUCAAAUACAAGAUAAUGUGGAAACAUUAAAGACCCAAAUGGCUAAUGUUAUCACUACUAUAGCCGUAUUGAGAGCACAACACACAUCAUUCAAUGAUAGUACCAAUAAAUUGAAUCGUAUGUUAGGCACCGGUAGUAAUGCUAUGUCUCCAAUCACUGUUAGGCGAACUCUUAGAAAAAUACAGAGAAUCGAUACAUCACUCAACCGGUUAACUCAGCUUUUAGAAACAAAUGAGUGCCAGAGUAACCCGUGCAGGAAUGGUGGUUCGUGUGUCGAUACCUAUAAUGGAUUUAUCUGUCAGUGCAUCGAUGCCUGGGAAGGACCGACAUGUGAUACAGAUGUCAAUGAAUGUCAACGUUUUUACGGUACAGAAUUGGGCUGUCAGAACGGUGCCACUUGUAUUAACAAUGCCGGCGGUUACCGGUGUAUGUGUACGGCUAACUGGUAUGGCACACAUUGUACAUCACCUCACGAUGACUGUUCAUCGGCUACUAAUGAGGCUCUUUGUGGUCACGGGACGUGUGUUAACCAACAAAGAAGUGUUGCCGGUUCACCAAAUUAUCGUUGCAUUUGUGAUCAGGGCUGGACAUCGACCGGUCAAAAUCCCGCGUGUAUUGUGGAUAUCAACGAAUGCACUGAGGGAACACCCCAUUGUUCAACUAACCCCACUGUGCAAUGUAUUAAUUUACCAGGCACAUUCUUUUGUGGGCCCUGUCCUCCCGGUUUCACUGGAAAUGGUUAUUACUGUCAUGAUAUCAAUGAAUGUGAGACAAUCAAUGGUGGAUGUUCUGUAGCACCUCGUGUCCAAUGUAUUAACACAAUUGGGUCAAGAAUAUGCUCUGCUUGUCCACCCGGCUAUAAUGGGGACGGAACUACGUGUCAAUUUGUGGGCACCUGUCGUGUGAAUAAUGGUGGUUGUCAUCCAAUGGCUCAGUGCUAUGAAAAUAUGGCCAUUUCAACUGCUUUCCGAGAGUGUAGGUGUCCAGGAGGUUAUGUUGGUAAUGGUGUAGGACUUAAUGGAUGUGUGACUCAAACGGGUACAACUUGUGAUAAUAACCCAUGUAGUCAUGGAUCAUGUCUUCCAAAUGGUAAUUCGUUUACUUGUGUCUGUAUUUCCGGAUAUACUGGAAGUUUAUGCGAACAAGAGAUAAAUGAGUGUCUGUCCAAUCCGUGUCAAAACGGUGGUACCUGUACUGAUCAAACCAGUGGUUUUCUGUGUGUUUGUACUUCACAAUGGAGGGGAACAACUUGUUCAGAUCCGAGACAGACAUGUGGGGGCUCUUUGAAUAGCGAAGUGGGAACUUUUAGUUUUCCAAUCGAUCGGAUGACAACAUAUCCCAAUCAAGUUAGCUGUGCCUGGGGUUUGACCACAACUAGUGGUAAAGUUCUUAACAUAACUUUCCAUUCAUUUAAUAUCGAGUACACCAAUGAUUGUUCGUAUGAUUUUCUGCAAAUCAAUGACGGACCUAAUGCCGGCUCUCAUAAUUUGGGCAGAUUUUGUGGCACUAGACUACCUUUUGGUGGAAAUAUUGUGGCAACACAUCAUCAGUUGUAUAUAUGGUUUAAAUCUGACCAUUCUGUGGGUAAUCAAGGAUUUCAAUUUGAUUGGAAUACAACUGAUCCAGUUUGCGGCGGAGAACUCGAACCCAAAGAUUAUGGAUCAGUCAAUUCUCCCGGAUAUCCGGGAAAAUAUCCCCACAAUAGAGAUUGCUAUUGGUUAAUACGGGUGCCAUUGGGCAAAAGGAUCCAGUUCCAUUUUGCCACACUUCAAAUCGAGGCACACCUAACAUGUGGUUUUGAUUACAUUGAAUUAUUUGAUGGUCAAAGAGAAAGUGAUCCACUUUUGGGAAAGUUUUGUAACACAUCAACUCCGGCACCACUAACGAGUGCCGGCGCCUAUGUUUUGAUGCACUUUCAUUCAGACGAUUCAUUUAAUGACAAUGGCUUUCACAUAACAUAUGCUUCAGUUGCGGGAAUACCGGGUUGUGGGGGGACUUUGACUGCAGAAAAGGGUACCCUUAGUUCACCUAACUUUCCAAAUAGAUAUGAAAACAAUAUCGACUGCGAUUGGAUUAUAAGAGUACAUCCAAUGGAGAGAAUUGAAAUUAAGUUUUCUUUGUUUGAUUUGGAAAGUCAUAAUCAGUGCUCUUUUGACUUUCUGGAGAUCAGAGAGGGUGAUAAUAGUGAGUCACCACUAAUUAACCGACUUUGUGGUCAACAAAUGCCGCGACCUAUUGUUUCAAACAGUAAUAAAUUGUGGAUUAAAUUUAAAGCUGAUGUCUCACAGACAGGACAAGGAUUUAGAGCUGAAUAUACAACCGUUUGUGGAGGACUUUAUACAAAUAUGGAUGGAGUGAUUACAUCGCCAUUCUUUCCCGAUUCCUAUCCAUCUGACCGCAAAUGUCUUUACCAUAUUGUACUUCCGGUCGGAUUUUUGAUUCAACUAAAUUUCCAACACUUUAAUAUUGAGGAAUCACUUGACUGUGCAUACGAUUAUCUUGAGAUUCAAGAAUCGGGUGAAAAUAGUACAUCACUUGGCAAAUAUUGUGGAACUGUUAUACCUGAUCCGAUAACAUCUAAAUUUAAUGAAUUGUUGUUGAAAUUUGGUACGGAUGGAUCAAACAACAAUAAAGGCUUUUAUGCUAAUUAUACCAGUAUUGAGAUUGGAUGCGGAGGUGUCUACACCACAAAUCAUGGCGUAAUAUCAAGUCCAAGUAGUAUAACACAGGGUGGUACCCAAUGCUCAUGGCUUGUGAGGACUGAUCCUGGGUUUGCUAUAAAGCUUACAUUUACAAUGUUUGCAUUGAAAGCUCAAACCAAUUGUAGCGAUGAUUAUGUGGAGAUCAGGGAUUCAACUUAUUCAGUGAUUGGCAAAUAUUGUGGUUCAAGAUUACCACCAAUACUGACGUCAAGUGGUAAUCAACUAUUUAUCACAUUUAAAGUGUCAAAUAUUCUGCGAGCACAGGAAGGAUUUGCAGCCGCCUAUUCAUUCUUAGAUCUAAGCCAUUCAUGUGGCGGUAAUUUUUUUACCGAUUCGGGAAUAAUACGGUCACCAGGAUAUCCAAAUCGUAGAUAUCCACCAAACCGGGAAUGUAUAUGGGUUUUACAAGUUGACAAUGGGAGACAAAUAGUCUUAAAUGUAACCGACUUUCAACUGGAAGGAGUUUCCGGUUGUCGUUACGAUUUUCUUGAGAUUAGAAAUGGUAGAGAAGAGAGAUCACCAUUGAUUGGCAGUUUUUGUGGUACAAACAUUCCUCCAACAAUAACAUCUCAUGGUCAUGUAUUAUUUCUCCGCUUUAAGUCCGACAACAGUAGAAACGCUAAGGGAUUUGAAAUUACAUACAAUAGCGGAACAACGGGUUGCGGCGGUACACUCACCUCACAAUCGGGAUCUAUUGAAAGUCCUGGUUAUCCACAACCUUAUAGUCAUAAUGCUGAAUGUGUUUGGCUUAUUAGGGUUUCUCAAGGGUCGACCAUAACAUUAACUUUUGCUGAUAUAGACAUUGAAGCCCAUACAACGUGUCGUUAUGAUUAUCUGGAAGUGUUUGACGGCAAUACUGAUCGGUCGCCAUCAUUAGGAAAGUAUUGUAAUUCUCGUAUGAAUAGCCAUUUGGUUCAAUCAAAGUCUAACGUAAUGUACAUCAAAUUUAAAACGGAUACUUCAGAGACGGGUCGCGGAUUUAGAUUGAAUUAUCAAAUUAAUUGCUCGACUAUUUUGUCGGGUUAUAGGGGUGUCAUUGAGAGUCCCAACUUCCCGGAACCCUAUAAUAAUAAUGCAAAUUGCACCUGGCGUAUUAAUGUCCCCCGGGGUAAUAAUAUCACAAUUGCAUUUUCACGAAUGGUCAUUGAAUCCGAUAUGAACUGUCAAUACGAUUAUCUAAAAAUAUCCAAUUAUUAUCCUGAGAUCAACAAUUCAACACAAAUAGCCAAAUACUGUGGUAUAUCUAAUCAAUUGCCGAUUCCCUUCAACACCACUACCAACAAUGCAUUAGUAAACUUCGUGACCGACGCUUUUGAUGCUCACAUUGGGUUCCGAUUUGAAUGGGUUAGUGUCGGCUGUGGCGGCGAUUUUGUUAACAAAAAUAAUGGCGAACUUAUGUCACCCAACUAUCCUAAUGGAUAUCCUCACGACACCGAAUGUUUGUGGCACAUCCAGGCCUCUUAUGGUUAUUCAAUACACUUAACAGUAUAUACACUUGAUAUAGAAGGUGUCCAGGGAUGUAGUUUUGAUUAUAUACAUGUCCAUGGUGGUCCCGAUGAGACAUCACCACAACUUCUUAAUUUAUGUCAUCGCAUUGAAUCGCCUCAAACGGUCAGUUCAAUGGGUAGAUCAAUGACUGUUAAGUUUAGGACAGAUUCAUCGGUUUCAGGACGAGGAUUUAUGGCCUCAUUUCAAGUGAUGGCUGCUUCUUGUAGUGCUAUAUAUAAUACAGAAACCGGAACCAUAACAUCACCAAAGUUUCCAUUAAAUUAUGAUUCAAAUGAUGACUGCGAGUAUACAAUUGAUAUCAAAGGGCUUCACGACAUUGAACUGAAAUUUGAAGAGUUUGGUAUACCUUUAAGUGUUAACUGUACGGACAGCUAUUUAGCCAUAUAUGAUGGCUCAUCAAGUGGUGACCCAUUAAUUAUAAAACAUUGCGGUACAAGUCUUCCAGCUGUUAAUCCUAUUAGAAGUACCAGUAAUAAGGUUUAUAUGAGAAUGAAAGCCAACGGAUUUUCAGUUGGAAAAGGGUUUAAGAUAUCAUACAAAACAUUAUGCGGCGGAAGAAAAGUAUUGGGCAGUAAUGAAGUCGGAGAACUAACAUCACCUAACUUUCCCCAUCACUCUGUCUAUAAACCCGAUUGUCACUGGAUUUUAGUUGCUUCUCAACCUGAAGAACACAUUACCCUAACAUUUACGCGCAUUGAUAUCAGUGGUACAGAUUGUGAACAAAAUUAUGUUGAAGUUCGUGAUGGCGAUAAUGGUGGUACAGAUGGUGGAUCAAAUCCAACAGCUUCCUCGCCAUUGAUUGGCAAGUAUUGUGGUGAUAAAGUUCCGCCACCAAUAACAUCACUGGGAAAUUCACUUUAUAUUGUUAACACCUUUGGUCUGUUUAGGGCCACAUAUACAACAUCGACAUCAUAUUGUGGCGGAACCUUUACAUCACAUGAGGGUGUUUUCCAAUCUCCUGCGUAUCCAAAUAGCUAUCCAUUGGAAACUGAGUGCAUUUGGAUAAUAAGUGCUUCGCCGGGAAAUAGAGUUACUUUCAAUUUUAUAACAUUCAAUAUUGAAGAAAGUGAUUAUUGUAAUACAGAUUAUCUAGAGUUACGUGAAAACGACUCGAGCGGUCCGCUAUUGGGUCGCUAUUGUGGUCAACAAAUACCUUCACUCAACUUUACUUCAACACAUAUACUAUGGGUUAAAUUCCGGUCCGACCAAUCGGGUACUGCGCCGGGAUUUCAGGCCAGUUAUGCACUCGAACAUGGAAUCGAUUUAGUGGGCGAAUCAGGAGCUAUUGCUAAUCCAGGUUGGCCAUACGAUAUGCGACCMAAAGAUACAAGUUUUUCGUGGUCUAUAACAGUAUCGCAAAAUAAAUACAUUGGCAUAACAUUUACAGAAAUAUCAAUUCCUAGUUACGGCACCUGCACUUCAUAUGUAUCCAUUAUAGAUGGCAUCGGAGAAUCGGGUCCAGAAAUAGGCAGAUAUUGUGGAUAUACUAUACCCGACACCAUAUCUAGCACUACAAACACAUUGACAGUUAAUUUCAUUAUGACUAACUCAAUGCCAGCAAAGUUUUAUUUAACGUGGAAUGCCAUCAAUGAAACGGCAGCUCUUGCUUUGAAACAACCGGUGACUAUCGAUACAAAUAAUUCAUCGUUUGAUAUGGCACUUAAUAGGACAGGGAUAUAUAGAUUAUUAAGUCCUGGAUAUCCUAAUGGUUAUACAACAAACCUCAACAUUAAUUGGACUUUCCAUACAUUACCGACUUAUCAUUUUAUGGUUAAUAUAACGGAUAUGAUUUUACCGGGAAAUAACAGAAGUUGUAAUUAUUAUGGCGAUAGAGUCUAUCUUCUACAGCCUCGCAAUACUUUGGGCACACUUUGGAAAAUUAACAAAACAUUAUGCGGUCGAUAUCGGGAAUCAUUAGAUACACCACUAUAUAGCAAAUUGAGAAUCAAUUUCCGGACCAAUGAUUGGUAUAAUCUGACCGGAUUUGAUCUUACAGUACAAUCAGUUUGCGGCGCAAAUCUUUAUGGAUCGCGAGGGUAUAUAACCACUGAUGAUAUAGUAAAUGCAGUCAAUUGUAUUUGGACUAUAAAAGUAAGAGAGGGUCGGACUAUUAAAUUGACGUUUGAAUCCAUUAAUAUUUCCGACAACAACAACUGUCAAUACUCUUAUAUAAUGAUAAGAAAUGGUAACAAAAAGUCAUCACCACCCUUAGGAGGCGGGCGUUAUUGUGGGCGCACACCACCUAAUAUUCCCGAAAGUGCAUCCAAUCGUGUAAUGGUUGAAUUUUAUGGCCGAAGAGAUAUGCACACAGACUUUCGUUUGCUGUAUGAAGAGGUAUCUGUAGGAUGUGGCGGACAGAUAGAGUUAACAAAUACCAACACAAUGAUUGAGAUAAUGUCACCAAACUAUCCAUUACUACCACCGCAUAACAUGGAGUGUGAUUGGGUUGUAAUGAGUCCUCACAACACUAAUAUCCGUCUAGACUUUGAAUAUGACAGCUCACCAACUUGGAGAUGCAAUAAGACUCUUGAGUUUGUUGAGAUACGCGAUGGAGGGACAGCCGUAUCGGCACUCAUUGAUAAAUACUGUGUUCCGCCUCAAUAUUCCAAUAGUAUAAAAAGCUCCGGUAGUUAUAUGUUUGUCCGUUUUGUUACGGCAAACACCGAACAAUUAGUCAAUUUUAAGGCCAAAAUUCAGAUCAAUGACUGCGGCGGCACUUAUAUGAUAUGUACUUAUCUAUUGAAAACGACAUACAAUAAUAAUUUAAUGGAUUUGAACAUCACUUUUAUGGAUAUUGUUGGCAAUUCUGAUUGCUCUUCAGGAGAUUAUGUAGAGUUUCAUGAUAACAGUCCAACUGGUGAUCUAAUUGGGCGAUAUUGUGGUAGAAAUGAAGACAAUUCAACGAUACAAUUGAAAUCUGAGAGCUCAUCGGUGUAUAUAAUAUUCAAAAGUGAUACCCAAUUGACUGGUAGAGGUUUAAGGCUAAGUGUAAGAACCAGAUGGACACAAUGUGGUGAUACUAUAGAAAAUAUAGCCACAAAUGGUGUCAUAACGAGUUUCAAUUAUCCAAAUGCCGUAUCUGAACGACGGUACUGCUCGUGGUAUUUGACAUCAGUUUCCGGUAGAAGUUUGAGACUUGAAUUUCUUGAUUAUAAUCUAAAAGCAGAUCCAAGAAAUACUAGUCUUUGUUUAGAUCACUUGAAUAUAUUCAAGGGUACAUAUGGUUCAACUAAACAGAAAAUGCAGUGCAAUGCUAUACUUCCCGAUCCAAUUCAAUUUCAAAGUCAUAUGGCAGUCAUUAACUUUGGUCAUUCAGGUUUAGCCCCCAGAGAGGGAUUCCGUAUACAGUACAGUGCCGAUGAUGAGGAAGUUUGUGGAGGACUAAUAUCUGGCACAUCAGGAAUUAUAGAAUCUUAUAGAUUUGGUGAAUCCAAUUAUACUGAUCCUAUUGAUUGUAUUUGGGAAAUACAACCUCCAAAUCAAAGCACCAAUUUUACCAUUGCAUUCGUUUUUGAUGUGUUUGAGAUACCAGAGUCAGAAUUAUGUAAAGAUGGGUCCAUACGAUUGGAGUAUUAUAAUAGACGAUACCGAUACUUUUGGAGUCGAGGCUAUCGUUUUUGUGGUAAUAAGACUACAAAUGGUCAUAAAUUUGAUUUUUUUGCACCAAAUCAGGGAGAAUACAAUUAUGGUGUACCAAAACUUUUAUUGUCCACUAACUAUAGCAACAAUUAUCGAGGAAUUAGUGGAAAAUAUUAUAUCCAAGAGUGCGGCGGAUAUUUCGAUAAUCCCGACGGAGAGUUCACUUCACCUAACUUUCCGCAAAACUAUCCAAUAGUUUCCUACUGUGUUUGGGAGUUCGCAGUCGAUUGGGGACAACAAUUAAGACUAUCAUUUCUUAACUUUAGUUUAGGCAGUGAUUGUGAAAAAGACUACAUUCAAGUACAACAGGGAUAUAUGUCUGACUCACCCAAAUCAGACAAAUAUUGUGGAAAUACAUUACCACCAGAAAUACAUUCAACUCAACGAAAAAUGAAAGUUAUGUUUAAGGCAACUGCCAGUAAUCCUACACAAAGUCCACGUAAUUUUAAGAUGUAUGUCCGUAAGGUAGAGCACGGUUGUGGUGGUCUUAUGUUGAAYCCAAUAGAUACCAUUCAUACGUUAGACUAUCCAAUUGCAAGAUAUGCCAAUAGUAUUGAGUGUGUUUGGAUCAUUCAAAUGCAUACCGGAUAUCACUUGAACUUUACAUUUAUAGACCGAUUCGAUAUCGAAAAGUCACAAAAUUGUGUAAACGAUUACUUAUUAUUUGAAGAGUUGGCCAAUGCUGACGAUGAUAACAGUUGGACAGCCAUUAGUCGGUUCUGUGGUCUCGAUAAGCCUCAAUCGUUUAAGUCAAGGACUAAUAAAGUUAGAGUCACUUUCCAUAGUAAUGAAGCCACAAAUGGAGACGGAUUUAAAUUAACGUAUCAAAUGGUUUGUGGAGAAGUGUUUACCGAAAGUACGGGUGUUUUUACGAGUCCUAACUAUCCUAAUGUUUAUAAUAAUAUGAUUCGUUGCGAAUAUCUUAUACAACGGAGUCCUAAAGAUUAUAUAAGACUUGAAUUUGAUGACGAUUUUGAUGUAGAGUAUGGAGGAUCACAGUGUCGGUGGGAUGCUAUCGAUAUAUACCUGGGUAACAAUACAAGUUCACCACAUCAGGGAACCUAUUGUGGACGAGAUAAGCCACCCAUUACUGUCUCUAAUAAUGCCAUUUUUCUAGCUUUUAGAAGUGAUUAUAGUUAUGUAAGAAAAGGUUUUAAGGCAUCUUUCUCUGUGACUUCUUGUGGAGGCAAUUAUACCGAUGACUCGGGUGUCAUAACAAAUCCAAUUAAUAUUUAUGGCCGAAGAAUGAGUUGUAUUUGGUUUAUAACUGUUAGUGAAGAUCGAGUCAUUGAAUUGCAAUUUAAUUCAAUAAAUACUGACCAAUGGGGCAGUUGUUACUGGAAUGGGGUUGAGAUCAGAGAUGGAGACAAUAGUAGCGCUCCAUUGAUCGGUAGAUUUUGUAAACCAGAUCGAGAUAUUGAUCCCAUCAUUAAAUCGACAACAAAUAAAUUAUGGAUUAUAUAUCGUACAGAAGGGCAUUACGAAAGAGCAGCCUUUAGUUUAAGUUACAGAACAACUCUGAGUCCGGCUCAGGGAUGUGGCGGUAAAUUUUAUAAUGUAAGUCAAGGUUAUAUUCAAUCCCCUGAUGUCGACAAUAACGGUAAAUACGAUUUAGACCUCAACUGUUGGUAUACCAUAUUAAUGCCAUCCGAUAAAGUCGUUAAACUUACGUUUGAAAAGCUAGAUAUCGAAGAAAGCCCUUCCAAUGGCUCAAAAUGUAUCUAUGAUUACCUGGAAAUAAGAGAUGGUAUUACUCACAGAAGUGCACUCAUUGAUCGCUAUUGUGGAUCAACUAUUCCUAGUCCUAUCAUUGGGUCUUCUAAUAAAUUGAUUCUUCAAUUUUACUCCGAUAGCCGUGAAGUUAGAACAGGAUUUAAAGCAAAAUUUGAGUCAAUUGACAAAAUAUGCGGUGGUUUUGUUAAUGUGACAAAUAUGACCCAAACAUUAACUUCAAUCAAUUACCCGAACUCAUACCCCACAAGCUUACGGUGCAAAUAUCACUUUAUAUUUGACAGAGUUUCCAAUUACUGGUCGAAAGCCAUUAGAAUUAAAUUCAUUGAUUUGGAUGUUAACUGUAAUAAUGAAGAUUAUAUAGAGUUCAGUGCUGAUACCUAUUCCCAUAAUCACAUCCAACCGUACCGUAUGUGUGGUCUGAAGGCUCCGCCGUCUAUUAUCUCGAGGCAAGGCUUAUGGUUAACAUUUGUGUCGAGUCCUAAUCCAGUCGCUAAUCAUAAAGGUUUCAAAAUUCAAUAUACAUUUUCUGCCUGUAAUAUGACAUAUAGUGAUGAAUCGGGAAUAAUAGUCAAUACUCGAUAUCCUGACACUAAGUUUACCAAAUAUUGUUGGAUGAAUAUAACAGCCAAAGUUGGUCACACUAUUGCAUUGUAUUUCAACGACUUUAGAUUUUAUAACAGUGAUAACCGAAUUGGAUGUCCCCGGGGCAAUAUGACAAUUAGGGAAGGUAUUGACACUACUUCACCGCUACUUAAAGUUCUGUGCGGCACUACAAUCCCUGACCCGAUAUUUUCGACCGGAAACCAGUUAUCACUUGAAGUGAAAAGUAAUGAAUGGUAUUACUCGAAGUGGUUUAUAUCAUAUUCAACUACAAAUGCUGGUCGUGGAUGUGGUGGUAAUCUGACCUCAUUUAACGGCACAUUUACCAGUCCUUUAUAUCCAUCGCCGUAUAACGUAAGCGGUGAGUGUCGUUGGUUUGUCCACUCAUUUGGCUUACAUUCACUCACACUUCGCUUCACAUUUUUCCAACUGUCCUCAACCAUCGGCUGUCGAACCAAUUAUGUCGAAGUUUACGAGGGAAGAGAGGAUCUGCCGUCCAAUCGAGUUCUUCGCAUUUGUGGCGAUGACAAUCCGGCGCCGUAUCAAAGUCAAGGCAACCUUUUACUGAUCAAACUGGUCACCAGUACUAAUAAUACCGGUCCGGGAUUUAGAGCCCAAUACAACUUUAAUAGUAUCGAACUGAAUGCUACAAAAGUGGUGAUGACUUCAGACUUGAGGACACACAUGGGUUCAGACGGUUCCGUGUAUUUCCCGUCCGACGGUAUUAUGUUUAGGCGUAAUGAUUGAGUCAGCGAUAAAUUGAUAACUAAACUCAGUAUUAUUUAUUGACACC